GUCCAAGUGGAGUUUCCGUAGUUAAUCUCUGCAAGACGUCGCAUUCCAACGAGUAAAAUGUUGAGGUUGCCGGAUCAGUUUCAGAACCGCGUUUACGGGGUCCUUUUCGCUAUUACUUAGUCUUCUUUACAUUUUCUUAUCAUCUGGCAUAAAAUUGUAUUAACAUCAUCACUUUUCGCGUCAUCUCGGUGCGCUUGGAACUCCUCAAGCUAAUUUAGCUCGCUAGCUGCGAACAAAGACGCGUUUGUGAGCAGCACAUGCUAGCAAGCCUAAAAUGUUGACUGUGGAAAGCUGAGCGCGUUUCACUAAAUUCUAAUUGGUAAGAAAGUACGUGAAGAAUGAUAGCUGAUUACGAGGAGGUUUUCUUUACAGCCAAAAAGGAGGACGAACGGCAGCAUUGUUGCGCGUUCCAUACAGCAGAUGUCAGUGAAGAUGAGAUUUCUUCUGAGGAACAAGAGCGGCGCUCCAAGGUGGAGCAGCAGGUGCCAGAUCCCCCUUGCAUUAAAGAGGAAGAGGAUGACCACAGCAUCAAUGAGGAGGGUGACCAGCUUGAGGGGCUGGACUUCCCGGUGAUUCGCGUCGUCGUGAAGAGCGAAGACGACGAAGACGAGCCUCACUCCUCACAGCGUAAUGUCGGUGAUAGCGAGAAGCGAUCCCAAACAGAAAGCCUCUUAGUUCCACUCUCGGAGAGUGAAGACACACACUCACACUCUCCCGACACUGAUGAUGACGAACGCUCAAAAGGUGACAGGACAUGUCGUAGUGACAACAAACACUUGACCUGUUCCGUUUGUGGGAGAAGCCUUUAUAACAAGAAAACAUUGAAAGUCCACAUGAGGACGCACACUGGAGAGAAACCUUUCAUCUGCUCGGUUUGCGGGAAAACAUUCGCUCAGAGGGGGAAUUUGAUCAAACACACGAGAACGCACACUGGAGAGAAACCCUUCACUUGUCCAUACUGCAGCACAAGUUUCAGUGACAGUUCGACGCUUGUGAAGCACAUGAGGAGACACACGGGUGAAAAACCCUUCAGCUGCUUGUUGUGUGGCGAAAGAUUCUCUCGGAAGUCCAAUUUGACGACACACACAAGAACGCACACCGGAGAGAAACCUUUUGCAUGCUCGGUGUGCAGUGCGAUGUUCAGCGACCGUUCAACGCUGAAUAAACACAUGAGAACGCAUACCGGAGAGAAACCUUUCAGCUGCUCAGUGUGCGGCCAGAGGUUCUCUCAGAAGGGACACAUGACGACGCACACGAGACGACAUACCGGAGAAAAACCUUUUGCAUGCUCAGUCUGCCACAGCAGUUUCAGCGACCGCUCAACUUUUGUCCGGCACAUGAGGAGACACACCGGACAGACGCGUUUGCCUGCCAGUAUAGAAAAGCUGCACUGAAAUGGCAUGUUGGUGAGACAAUGUUGAGUUACAGUGUGUGUAAUCAAAUAUUCUCUUGUAGACUUCUCAUAAGUGAGGCAUAUGGUGCGUCCAGGUGAAAUUUUCAAGAUGACCUGAAAAUACACUCUACACUGGUACCUUGAUUUAGGAUUGCUGCACAUAGGAACCGUCUUUGUUUGGGUUUUUUUUGCUUACUUUGGUAUGUACAGUAAGUAAACUUCUUAAAACCAUUUUAUUUAUUUACAUUCUUUAUUGUUUAAUACAGUACUGUGCUAUUUUUAUUUUUUUUUUUAAGAUGUCGCAGUUUUACUUAGUUGCAUGUUUAGGGGGCUUGCAAGUCAAGGCACCACUGAAAUUGCUAAAUGUGGAAAGUUGUUAUUAAAAAAGUGAGAGAAAGGAUUGAACAACCAACUCAAAGUUGCUUGAAAACUGCAUCCGGCAGAUGACGUCGCUUGUUCUCUUUUGUUUCAGAACGGUUCUGUUGUCAUUCUUGCACACAUUUUCAGACUUACUCACACUUAAACUCUGCUUCACAAUGAGUUGAAAAACUCAUUGCGAA